AUGGCUGUUGACCAACGCAAGAGAAAAAGAAACACUUUAUCUGCCAACAAAAACAGCAACACCACCACCACCAAUGAUGAUGAAAUUACAGAUAUUUCCUCCGACGAGGAGUUAAAAGACAAUCGUACAAUUGAAGACGAAAAUGAAGAAGAACGAGAAGAAGAGGAUUUAAGCUCAGAUGAAGAAUUCAAGGGAGAAAAUUCUGCAGAUAAAAGAAGAAGAUUAGCCAAACAAUAUUUACAAAAUUUAACAGAAGACGCCAAUGAUGUUUUGAAUUCACGGAAUGAUUUAGAAUUAGAAGAUCAACAAAAAGAGCCUUUGCAAAUGGAUGAAUACAACAAUUUUGACGCAGGUGAGUUGGACCGUGAAAUUAUCGCUUCUCGUUUAAAAUUGGAUGUGGCUGAAAAACAGGGUCGUGUUUAUAGGUUUAUUGCUGAUAAAUUAUUAGUAGAUGAGGCCAAAAUAACAUUUAGCAGGGUAGGGGAGUGUAAUUUAACCUGUCUGAGUUGUUUUCAGCCCGUUUUCGAUACCACAUUUAGCGAAUCAGAUGAUCAUAACCAAAAAUUAAUUAGUAAUAAAAACAAAAAUAGAAUUUAUUGCUAUACGGUUUCUAAAGACUUACAACUAACAAAAUAUGAUGUUACUGAUUUUACUAAAAGACCAAAAAAACUGAAAUUUGUCAAGGGAGGGAAAAAUUAUCUUCCAAAUGAAGACACGUACAGGAGCGAAUUGGAUAACAAUAGCGAAGGCCACUACGACGAAUUGUACGCUGUUGCGGCUUCUCCUGAUGGAAAAUUUGUAGUGACCGGGGGCAAAGAUAGAAAGUUGAUUGUUUGGAGCAGUGAAAACUUGGCUCCAUUAAAGGUACUUCCAACCAGAGACCGUAGGGGCGAGGUUUUAGCAUUGACAUUUAGAAAAAAUAGUGACCAGUUAUUUGCUGCAUGCUCUGAUUAUAAAGUUAGAACGUACUCAAUUAAUCAGUUUGCUCAAUUAGAAACAUUGUACGGUCAUCAGGACCACGUUGUUGAUAUUUCUGCAUUGCUUAUGGAACGUUGUGUUACUGUAGGAUCAUUGGAUAAGAGUGCCAUGUUAUGGAAGAUUUCAGAGGAAAGUAGAUUAACUUUUAGAAGUGGGUUUGAAGACCCAGAAAGAUUAAAGAAAAAAUGGUUGCAAAAAAACCCAGAUCUAUUUCAAGCACCAAUGUUUUAUACUGAAAAUUCUAUUGACACGUGUUCUAUGAUAGAUGAUAGUCAUUUUGUUACCGGUUCUGAUAAUGGUAAUAUUUCAUUAUGGAGCACUUCUAAGAAAAAACCAAUUUUUACAUAUAGAACAGCCCAUGGUAUAAUGCCUAUUGUGGAUAAUUUGAAAAUUUCUGGUGAAAAAGAUGCAAAAAAAAGAGAUAUACAAUUGCAGGGUUCUAAAUUAACAAAACCGUACUGGAUAACAUCGAUAUAUGCAAUUCCAUAUAGUAAUGUAUUUAUAUCCGGUUCCUGGGACGGCAUAUUAAGAAUUUGGAAGGUUGCUGAAAAUCUAAGAGAAUUUGAACUUUUAAAAGAAUUGCCUCAUGCUCAAGGAAUAGUCACAAAAAUCCAAGUCGUAGAAAAAAAUUUCAAACAAAAAACGUCUUUUAGGAUAUUAUGUAGCAUAGCUAAGGAACAUAGAUUGGGAAGAUGGAUUAAUAGAAUUCCUAAUGCAAGAAAUGGUAUUUAUUCGGUUGUUAUUGAGCACGCUGAUUUUUAA